AUGAUCUUCAAGGCCCGGGAGUACGAGUAUGGUCGCGACAUCGCGCACCGGUACAGCGUACAGGGCGGUGGCAUGCUGCGUAUACGGCUGGUGAGGCUUAGGAAUUUAGUAAAAUCUACUUUACAUGAUACAAACGACCUGCACUGGCCUAUAUUCCAGUGUGUUAAAGACGAUAAAAUCAUGACAGUCUCAAAAACGGACACCAUUACAGAGGAACCUGUAAACGAAGAGGUCCAUUUCGAAAAGCUGGUUGCGCCUCAAGCAGCACCACGAAAAUAUGAAGUCGUUAAGUUUAACCUGAUGACCUUCGGUUACGGCCAUAUAGCGGCUUUGUACGGGUUAUACCUCUUGUGCACAGUUGCUACCUGGAAAACUGUUAUAUUUCAUUGUAUAAUAUUUAUUAUAUCUACUCUCGGUAUAACGGCUGGAUCACAUCGUCUAUGGACGCAUAAAGCUUACAAAGCGAAACGGCCCUUGCAAAUAAUAUUAAUGAUCAUGAGUACUUUCGCAUUUCAAAAUACUGUAGUCGAUUGGGUGCGGGACCAUCGAAUGCAUCACAAAUACAGCGACACGGACGCUGAUCCAUACAAUCCAACGCGAGGCUUCUUUUUCGCCCACAUAGGCUGGAUGUUAGUGAGAAAACACGAGGAGGUGAAGAAGCGUGGAAAGUUUCUCGACAUGUCGGACAUUUAUGCAAAUCCCGUACUUAUGUUUCAGAGAAGAUACGCAAUUCCCUUUAUAGGAACUGUGUGCUUCUUACUGCCAACAGUCAUACCGAUGUACUUCUUCGGCGAAACAUUGAACACAGCUUGGCAUAUUACUGUCUUACGUUAUUUUAUUAAUCUACACUGUGCAUUUUCAGUCAACAGUGUAGCCCAUUUAUACGGCACUAAACCUUACGACAAAACCAUAAAACCUACGCAGAGUUCAUGGGUUUCACUUUUAGUUUUCGGUGAGGGUUUCCAUAAUUAUCACCAUGUCUUUCCAUGGGAUUACAAGACAGCGGAACUGGGUAACAGCGCUCUGAAUUUUACAACUUUAUUCAUCGAUUUUUUCGCGUGGCUGGGAUGGGCUUACGACCUCAAGACAGCGUCUGAUGCCAUGAUCAAGGCGAGAUCAGAGAGAACAGGCGACGGAAAAAACAUUUGGGGGUUUUAAUAUUUAAUUAAAUUGUCAAUAAAUUAUUGAAUAAAUUACAAAUAUUUAAUGAAAUUAUAUUAAUAAAUGU